CUUCUUACAACCUCGCUUUUGUAUCAUCUACUCAGUUCGCACUACACACAAUGGCGCCCAACGACAAUGCGACUUGGAACUUCAAGCACCGUGACGGUGUGAUUACAGAGGAUAUGAAGGAGUGGUUGGAAGAAAUGGUAGCUCAGAGAGUAGAAAAUUGUAAAUUCGCCGAGUUGUUUGAGACCAGGUUCCAACACGAGGUCGAAAAAGGACUUCUUGAUGGUGAGUGCCACGGCAACUGAGGGAACUGCUGCUUACUCAAAUAGUUCCCACGUCUUUACUUUGCAUGAUUGAUGAUCUGAUUCAAGAGGAACAUGUCAUCAAGGAACCACCAAAGCCUAGAGCGCGGGCUUGGGCCCUGUCAGAGCGCUCUCCUCCAGGAUCAGCAGAAGCACUUCUCUAUGAGUUCAGCCCAGACGCCGACCACAGUGAGCUCGACCGUGACGAAUUGUCGAGAACAGCCCCGGUAUUGCUGUCAUUGUUCGACCAGAAUAACAGUUACUGGAAGUUGCUGUCUGAAGAGUAUGUUAAGCUCUGGGAAGACUCACAGAAGAUGGCUACCCACAUCGAAGACUCGGAUAGCAAGGUCGCCGACAUGGAAAGGACGCAAGAAACGAUUGUCUCUGAGCUCAAGGACGUUACAGCACUCACCAAGUACCUCAAGGCGGAGAACGUAUUACGACGGCAGAUUGCGCAGGGUUUAUUCGAAGCAUACAAGGAAGCACAAAUCGAACUCAUAGCCCAGGGUGCUCGUCACCAAGCUGAUGUUGACAAGCUUUACGCGGCCAAAGCAGCUGCAGAAGCUCGUGUCAACGAGCUUGCGCAGUUCGAAAGUCAGGUGAUUGACAGGGCGGAGCAGGUUGCAAACGAGCUUCGGCAAUCCACUGCCGAUAACGAGAACCUCGCUGAGCAAAUUGCGCCCUUGAUCAACUCGCUAGGAACUCCCGCUCUCGUAGCGAGUCUUGAAGUUGCACAAGAGUGCUCGCAGGUCGACGAAACAACCCAAAAGGAAAGGACAGCCCACGAAAAGACCUGGCACCAGACCCUCCGACGUGUCGUCAACGAACAGACCGAUUUGGUUUCUUCGGUGUUGAACCAGAAAGCGUACGACAAGGGAUGGGCAUUUGGUGGUCUGCAAGACGCGCAAUCAGCUCGAGUAGGUUUUCAGAGCCUGAAAACGUUGCGCGACCAUGAGCUAUAUGCGUAUACAAGGGACCAGGUCGACACGCAGGUGUACAUCAAGGCCAGGAAGAUAGCCGACGGGUACAUUGAGAAGUUUCUGGUCGAGAAUGAGAUCAAAGUCGAGGACUCCCACUGCCAGCUUCUCCAUCUGACCAUGGUGGCUACAGCGACUUCCGAUCCAUGCCCAUUCUUCAAGCAUGAGGCGAGCAACAUGGGCCAGGACAAACGAAUGAAUGGUUACCGGGCCCUCGCGGAUAGGGUCGCAAAACACGUCUUCGGCAAUGAACUGUAAGUUUUCGACUACACUCUUGCUAUAGUGACUGCGAACUGACUCUGAUAGGCACUUCGACGA